AUGCCGGUGACAUUCAACAGUAAGGAGGAAGCGAUUCAAAAGACAAACGAUUCAGCACAGGUAGAAAAGUCGAAAGUUAUUGAAAAAGGAACAGAUGAUUCAAUUGAGGAGUUGAUACAACAGAAAGAGGCUAAUGAAACUGAAACCUUAAAUUCACCAACGAAGGAGUCAAGGAAUCUUUGGGUGAAUAUGAUCAGUGGUAAUCGGAAUCCAAGCAACGGCAUGACAAUCAAGUUUAUAGUACCAAAAAUAGUGAAUGUGAUUGUUGAAGUCGUAAUUGAGGAAGCAGAUAUCAAUCACAUACUUUGGAGAUUAGUGAUAUCAUAUUAUGCUCAAAACAGCGCUGUUUUUGGGACCGAAAUUCGGCCAAAUGUGGAAUAUGGUACAACAAUGUACACGAUGCGCCAAAGAAUAGGCCUGUUACUAAUGAGAAUGCAGAAAAGAUAUCGAAAGAUAGAAACUGGUGGUGAGUUCAUUGAUAAGGAGAUCAUCAGAGCUGAGAGGAACUCUGGUGUAGUCAGUAACAAACUCAAGAAAAUUCAAAGAAGCAGAACUGAUCCUGACCUUGCGAAUGCAAACAAAUGGAAAAAAGAAUUGGCAGAGCAUCGAGAACACGAUUUGAGAGAAGGCUUCAUACUAUACAAGUACCGAGGACGGUGGCGCGAGGCGCUAUACUCACUUGAAGAAGCUCUAAAUUCUGGGUUUGAAGACUUUAAGAGAAUCAGAACUUAUCUUGUCCUUGCAAAUGCAAGGGCAUCCCCGAAAUUUGACCCGUUGUUGAAAAGAUUCGACGAAUCAUUUAUCAAUGAGAAUGCAAUCAAAUCAACUUUUGAAAUAUUUAAUAAGAAACAACCUCUAUGCGUAGACACAAGAAAACAAUCAGUUUAG